GUGACGGUCUCAUCACGGAGGAAGAGCUGAUCAGGUUCUACAGGGAGAUGGUCAAAGUGGAAGACCCAGCUCUUGAGGGACACACGAAGGAAGCCUAUAAAGACAUGACAGAUGGCGGCAGAUACCCUUUGAACCUGGAUGGCUACGAGCAAAUAUUUGCAAACUUUUUGAUCGGGAAGACACCACACGGCCCAGGAAAAUAUAUCUUUGGCUGCUUCAAACACGACAACACCAACUGGCAACUGAUCGCACCCUUAUCAACACAUGAUGAUGCUCACUCUGCGAAACCAAAGGAAGAAAAUAAAAUUGUGCAAGAGAAGAGGCCUAAGAAGUUUGGUGUUCUGUUCACUUAAAUAUGUAUUUGAGCUUUGUCACUUCAGCUCUCUGUCCAGUAAUAACGAGAACAGGCGUGUGAUUGGGGCAUAUAUUUAGAUAUUUGCCAUUGAUUCCCCAUGAUAAACCAUCAAAUGAUAUUGCAAAAUGAAUGCCAAAUUGAGUGUUGCUCCUAAUUUUCCAAUUUUGCUCUUUUUUUCGACAUAUUAUAGGCUAAUUAACUGCACAAAUACAGUUAUUGUGAGGCCUUCAAUAUUGGUCGAAGAGGGGAUUGUGGUGGGGGGUUUCUUUGUACAGAAAAAAUAUCACUGAAUGCAUAUCUCUGCAAUUAGCUUUUGGUAGUGAGAAAUACUACAAGGAAUACAAAAUAAUGACGCACAAUCCUUUACGCUUUGUAAGACAUGAGGAACUGCAUUUUUGCCCCCAUCGCCACAUAAGAAAAAUUGAUAAAAAGCACUUGUCAAAUUGAUCAUGAAGAGAUUAAUGAGUUUGGAUGAUGAUCAGAUUUUUAAAAAA